GUAACACAAGUUUGCAUCUUUGAGCUUUCUCUGCCCAAACAAAGAGAGGGUUUAUUCCGGUUUACAAGUUCCACCGCCGUCCGUCUCCCUCAACUCAAAUCGUGUUUCGCAUUUCCAUCGCUUCACUGAUCUGUAUCUUCCUCUCCCACUGGUAUAACGGAAAAUGCGAGGGAUAUCGAGUCGAUCACUUUAUUAUUUGACACGAUCGCUGUUAUCACGCGCCCGUCACGGGGUCACAGUGGAGACAUCAGGUGGAUGCACACCUGCGCUUGGUUCUCUGUGGUCUGCUCUUCAGAGCCGCGGCGUUAAAGUUAACGCCAUUCAGUUAAGGCCAGGGAACGUUAUUGAACGAACAGGACGUACUUUCCGGGUUGUAGAAUCAGAGCAUAAACAACAAGGCAGAGGAGGAGCCUCCAUACAGGUAGAGCUUCGCGAUGUUGACAACGGGAGCAAACUUAACCUGCGGUUUGGAGCUGAGGAGUCCGUUGAAAAGGUUUUUGUUCAGGAGAAAUCUUUCACAUGUUUAUAUACAGAAGGAGAUACUGCAUUUCUGAUUGAGCCCGAUACGUUUGAGCAAGUUGAGGUGCCCUUGGACAUAUUUGGCAAAGCUGCUGUAUAUUUGAAAGAGGAAAUGAGAGUACAGUUGCAGCUGUAUGAUGGAAGAGCUUUAUCUGCAUCUGUCCCUAAGCAUGUCACAUGCACAAUCCAAGAAACACAACUUCCCAUGAAAGGCUUGACCUCAGCUCCUCGUUACAAGAGAGCUCUCCUGGAUAAUGGUUCUACUAUUCAAGUACCAUCUUAUCUGGAGGCAGGGGAAAAGAUUGUGAUAAACACCGAGGAUGAUUCUUUUGUCAAGAGGGACAACAAAUGAAAUAAUCAAAUGCUGCCUUCUAUGGAGGAAGAAGCUAAAAUUGGAUCAUGUUGACAAGCGUUUCAAAGAAAGAUUAGGAUGCUAUUAUAAAUGUUAUUCAAGUUCUCAUAAUCUGUGAACACCUCCAUUGAUUAAGGUGUUACAAAUUCUAUAUAGAGAUUUACAAAGUGAGGGAUAAGUUUUACAGCUUCUCUUAAAACAUGUGUGUCUUACUGUCUUUCAAUAAAAGCGAGGGCUUUGAUCAAAA